AUCAUCAUCAUCAGCAUAGAAUAUUCCGCUUCUGUUCAACAAACCCCCUUCUUCUUCUUGUAUGGUUCUCCAUUAGACUAAACAUACGUAUAUUCGUACGCUUCCUCGAGUAUCCGCUGCCGCCCCCCAAACAGAACGGCGUUGGGCCGUACAGUCGUUCUAGACGAAGUCCAGGUCUAGUUACAGCCACACGGACGUGAUUGUGAGGUGACUCGGGAGUGUAGAUUUUUGACGUUCGGACAAAAUGUUUGCGAACAGUUUAGACGAAAUAUAUCCAAAUAUGUACGACGGUCGGAGACCUGGCGAAUACUCCCCCAGAAGACCGGGCGAAAACUCUUCUCCUCGAGCAGGAGGCAGAUCUCCAGUUGUAUCGAGGCCCGACACAACGGGGACAUUGAAGACCACAAUAUCCCUUCGGUCGACGCCUGCGAUCGUACACUCUUCCCACUCAGGUCCUUUUUAUCUAUUGAAAGAUAACAUUAAAACUGAGCCAGUGCUGACGGGAGCCACGAACAUGAUGCUUCAUUAUAACCUCGAACACACAUUCAACAAAUUCAUAGGUCGCAAAGUCAAAGACAAGUUGUCAGCCUUCUUACCAUCUUUACCCGGGAACAUCAAUAUACCUGUAUCGGCUGACGGCACGGGCGAUUCCUCACUCAGAAAGGUUAUACAGCAGCCCCCCGUGGGUGGUAAAGAACUCACGCUAUUGAGCGGCGCUCAAUUAGCCGGUUUCCGGCUUCAUCCCGGUCCGCUGCCAGAUCAAUAUAGAACGGUCAAUUUCCAAGCUCUAAAAAAGAAGAAGCAUAAGAAGCACAAAGCCGACACUCCCGGAAACGAGACAUCCACACUCGGAGGCGGUGUAGGAGGACCUGCAAUGAUCACGCUGGCAGCCGGCCCCGAAGGACCCUUCGGUUCCGAAGCGGAGAAGAAGCACAAGAAACCGAAGAAACACGACGAAGAGAAGAAAAAGCGUAAAAAAGAUAAGAAAAAGAAGAAACGUCACAGUCCCGAGCCCGGCGCACCGACUACGCCUUUAGCGCCAUCUGCGACUUCGAUGCAGAUCCAAUAGUUCAAUUCUAGGUAAGGAAUCAAUACGAGUCGGAAGGAAUUAUGAAUAAAUGAAUAUCG